AUGACUUUGGCGAAACUUUUCGCAUUGCCGCCUUCCCUCCUGAUCUUGCUCGCCGCCUUCCUCACCGCGCCCGUAUCCGCCCAGUAUCCCCCGCCGUCGGAAUUCCCCACGGUACUGUCGUCGCCAGUGGACAGCAGCGUCACCGUCGCCUACAAGCAACCCGACAAUGGCACGUGCACUACCGCCUUUUCCACCCAAAAGCAAUAUACGGGCUACAUUGGCAUUCCGCCCUAUACGCUCGCUCCCAUUCAGCAAAAUUACUCUCUCAAUACCUUCUUUUGGUUCAUCGAGGCGCGACAGACACCCGAGUCGGCGCCGCUGACCAUCUGGCUCAAUGGCGGGCCCGGCUCGAGUAGCAUGUUUGGCUUGUUCAACGAGGUCGGGCCGUGCGAGGUGGUGCAAUUGGCCGAUGGGAGCUAUGGCACGCAAAUGCGCGCAUACGGCUGGGAUCGCGCGUCGAACAUGCUGUUCAUCGACCAGCCUAACCAGGUUGGCUUCUCAUACGACACUGCCACCAAUGCGUCGCUGAACCUGCUUACCAAAGAGCUGUUUGAACCGCCCACUUCGCCGUUGACAGACCUGCCGAGCUUCAUGUACCUCAACGGCACCUUUGGAUCCGAGAAUGAGAAUGAUGGGAGCACCUCUGCAACGACUGCCAACACUACAGCAAUCGCGGCGGCGGCGACCUGGCACUUUUUGCAAACGUGGUUAUCGACCUUUCCACAAUACAAUCCUUCCACGCGUCCCAACGUGACAACGCCAAACUCUGAUGAGCCAGCAGGCAUUAACUUGUUUACUGAAUCUUAUGGCGGGAAAUUUGGCCCAGCAUUUGCCUCGUACUUUGAAAAGCAGAAUCAGGCAAUCGCCAAUGGCCAGCUCUCAAGCAAUACCACGCUGCCCAUCAGAUUGCAAUCGAUUGGAAUCUUGAACGGCCAGGUGGAUGAUCUCAUCCAGAAUUACUACUACCCACAGUUUGCGAUUAACAACACCUACGGUAUUCAGGCUAUCAGCCAGACAUCGCAGAUUAAUGCCCUCACCAACUAUACCAAUCUCUGCUUACCUGCUAUUGAGGCUUGUCGCUCUGCCAGUGCAUCUUUGUAUGGUGAUGAUGCCGAUGCAAACCGCUUGUGCGAAGCCGCGCAGUACACGUGUAACAACCUUACUGCUUUGGCUCCCGCAGAGGGAUACGACCCAUAUGACAUCCGCCAGAUGCUGCCAAGUCCAGAUCCGUCCGCCGCUUACCAGGAGUACUUGAAUACUGCUUCUGUGCUGGCGUCGAUCGGAGCGCGAGUCAAUUAUACCGAGAGCAACCCCUAUGUGCAAGAGGGCUUCAUCACCACAGGAGACACCAUUCGAGGUGGAAUGAUUGAGGAGUUGGCCGAACUCCUGAAGUUGGGUGUCAGGGUUGCCUUCAUUUACGGCGAUGCAGAUUACAUCUGUAACUGGUUCGGUGGGCAAGCCGCAGCAUUCGCCGUUGCAAAUGCGCUGCCUACAUUCCCCUACCCGACCAGUGUAGGUCCCUCUGGGGAAGGUCAGCCAUCUAGCUACGCCGAGGGAUUUGCAAGAGCUGGAUUUGMCGAUAUUGUUGUGAAUGACUCGUAUGUCGGCGGCGGUGUCCGUCAAUACGGUAACCUCAGCUUCAGCAGAGUCUACGACUCUGGCCAUUUCAUUCCGUAUUACCAACCAGAGACUACAUUCCAGAUCUUUGCGCGAGUGAUUCUCGGGAAUGAUCUCUCCACAGGCGCAGAUGUCGACUUGACUUCGUUUGCGUCGAAUGGGACCGCCAAUUCCACGUACACUAACACGGUACCUUCAGACGCACCGGAGCAGACAUGCUGGGUCCGAAACUGGGGCGCCAGCUGUAACAAGGAAGAUACAGAAGCUAUGAAGAACGGGAUAGGACUUGUUCAGAAUGGAAUCUACUAUCAAGACGCGUCUUCGGUUGUCCUGCCCAGUACUAGUGUUGCUGCCGGCGUUCCUGGGCAACCGAUGACGACCGUCACGAAUUCGGGAUCGAAGAGCAAGAGUAGCGACGAGAGUACCACUGCGCUUACGGGAUACUACACCGCAACUGGGACUCCUAAGCCCAAGAAAGGCGUUGCCGCGAGACCCUCAUCGAGCGGUCUCUUACCCGCUGUAGGUGUGGUAAUGAGCGGUCUGGUGGCAGGCACUGCUAUGGUGUUUUGGUGA